GUCCCGGAUGUUGUGAGUAUCGGAAGAGAAGACGCGACCAUCUUGUUGUGGUCUCCGGUGAGUCCGUCACUCAGCCCCGCACAAUCGGAGCAGAAUCCCGCCGCUGGGGCGCCAUCAUGCCCGGACACCUGCAGGACGGCUUCGGCUGCAUCGUCACCAACCGCUUCGACCAGCUGCUGGACGACGAGUCCGAUCCGUUCGAGAUAUUAAAGGCUGCAGAGAACCGCAGGAAAGAGGCUGCAGCUCCCGGAGCUAAAGCCGCCGCGGGCGCCGCUCAGGCCGGGAGGGCAGCGCGGAGAGAGCCGCAGCGGGAGAGGAAGAGCGCGGCUGCUCCGGAGAAGAAGGAGGAAGCGCAGCCGGCUCAGAGUCAGAAGAAAGAAGGUGUGAGGAGGCCAGGUAGGAAGCCGCAGGAGCAGCAGGGUCAGUCCACUCCCCACCAGCAGGGGGAGAGGAGAGCGGAGAGACCAGACAGGCGGGUCCACCGAGAGCGCCGCUUCGACAGGACGUCCGAGGAGAAGCACGAGGGAGGCGGCGACGCCCCCGCCGACAGGCCGGCAGGAGACAGGCCACCCAGGGGUCGUGGUGGAGGUCGCGGGGGGCGCGGAGGGCGUGGCCGGGGCACGGGCCGCGGAGAUGGGUUCGACUCCAGGGGGAAGCGGGAAUUCGAUCGACGCGGCGGCGGCGGCGGCGACAAACCCAGCAGCCAGAGGCCGGAGGAGAAGCGCGGCGGAGGGGGCGCGCCGCACGGCCGGACCCACGCCAGGGAGGAACCCGAGCAGCACCAGCCGGCCCCGCCCGAGGCGCCCGCGGAGGGGGAGGAGCCUGCGGCACCCGCCGACUCGGAGAACAAGGAGAACGAGGUGGAGGAGGUGAAGGACGAAGGACCGAAGGAGAUGACCCUGGACGAGUGGAAGGCCAUGCAGGACAAGGAACGGGCCAAGGUGGAGUUCAACAUCCGCAAGCCCAACGAGGGAGAGGACUCCCAGUGGAAGAAGGGAUACGUCCUGCACAAGUCCAAGAGCAAAGAGGCCGACAGGCCGCCUGGAACUCUGAUUGAAGCCGGAGAGACGAACGCCGACAUGCUGCACAAGGGCACAUCUGAAGACGGACUGGGCGACCAUCACCUCCGCAAGCCGGCCAACGACAUCACCUCCCAGCUGGAGAUCAACUUCGGGGAUCUGGGGCGUCCCGGGCGCGGCCGGGGCGGCCCUCGGGGAGGCCGAGGAGGCCGAGGGGGCGGAAACCGGGCCGGGCGCGGUGGCGGCAGGUCCGAGAAGGGAGGCGGAGCGUCCGUCCCCAACGUGGACGACCCCGAGGCGUUCCCCGCCCUGGCCUGAAGCGCCGACCACUCCCCCCCCCCCCCCCCCCCCUUCCCCCCUCCUGUACAGAGCCUGCAUGCUUACGGAUCCUCUGACUGUAGAUUCCAUUUAAAAUAGAGAGAGAGAUGAAGAGAGCUGCUGCGAGAGGGACUGGAGGACUGGGAUGGAACUCUGGACUGGUCCCGGUCCUGAUCCUCAGCUGGGGGUUUUGUAUUAGAGCUGGUAGAUCCACAGGCCGGGAUUCUUCUUCACUUCAGUAUUUCCUGCUCUCAGUCCUCUCGCGCCUUCUGUCGCCGGGGCGAACGUACGCGUUUCCGUCCGAAGUGUUCUCUGCAGUUUCGCGUAUAUUUCGGGGUGGGGGAGGGUGGUAAUGGGGGGGGGGGGGGGGGGUGGUAAUGGGGUGUAGUGCUAAUUUUACUGCUGAGUUUUAAUAGAAGCCCCCGAGAUCCCUCGCGCUCACAGCUUGUAGCAGAAGAACCGUAAAUAAGCGGACGCCUCAUAUUUUUAACGCGUGUGUCUCGUUUCCGUCGCGAUGUUCCCGUUCACGCCCGUCCUCCUCACGCCGCUGGUUUCUAUUGUCCAGGCUGGUCCUCGUGAACGUCACCUUUUAGGAAAACUGGGAACACUUUUAGAAGUGUGUGUGUGUGUGCGCGCGCUUACCUGACAUGGACUUCGGCAUGUGCCCCGAUAAUCGCAGUUUACGAUGUUAUUACGAUACGGGAAAAAAAAGCACCUCCAGGAUGCACUGUGUUGAAAUGUCGUAGCUCCUCGUCGAGGCCGACGCGAUUAUCGGCGCACGCCCGCGUUCUCAGUACAGAAGGUUCUAUUGCGUUUAUUGUUGUAAUUAUUAUUAUUAUUAUUAUUAUCAUUCAUGUUUCCGUAGCGGGUGUUAGCGUUUCUUGCGCUCGGAUGAACCAUUUGUGAUGAACUCUGUAGCUCAUGAGCACAUUAUUCCUGUCUGUUUUAUUUUUCUAGUCCCUACAGCAGCACUACUCCAACAUGCUCCAUCCGGGACGGGGGGGGGGGUGUAUAUAUAAAUAUAUAAGUAUAUGAGUGUACGGUGGGGUUCUUCUGAAUUUGGGAUGGACGUUAAACUGAAAUACACUAGCACACAGCGGGCGGGCGGGGAGAUCUCUCAUUCUCGGCGGACGGUGGAAGGCUCGGACUCCAUUCCUUCGUGUUCCGGAACCUUCUGCAUUCAUGAAUUCCUGUUCAAUAAAACUGCUCUGAGGUGUCGAUGUCA